AUGGAAGAUGAAUCUAUCGACAAGUAUCUGACUGUUCAAGUUAUGGAAAAUGCCAGUAAAGGAGAGUGCUUGUCCCUGGUGAAGAAGCCUCCAUACAACACUUAUACAUGGACAAUUGCAAAAUUUUCAGAAUUGGAUCUAUUAGUUAAAUCCAAUAAGUUUGCCAUCGGAGGCAGUAAUGGGAGAUUACGGGUUUAUCCAAAAGGGCUUUUAAGUGAGAAAGGCAAAAGCUUAUCCAUAUUCUUAGCACUACAGGAUGAUGCAACUCUUGAGCAUGGAAGAAAGUUGUAUGUGGAAUACAUGCUUCGAUUAAAAUCUAGUAAGAAGGCAAAUGGUUUUCCAAAGUUUAUGCCUCUCAGUGAUCUGAAUGAUAAAUCGAAGGGUUUUAUACAUAAUAAUACUUUGGUGGUCGAAUUAGAAAUAUUAGCCAUGACAUUAAAGGGUUGUCUUGAAGUUGUGUAG